GGGUGUAUAAGCCCCACUGUGGUAGGCGCAGGUCCGGUGGCUGGUGGUGUAGGGGCACCUAAGUGUUGCUCAGAAGCUGCCUAGUGUGUAUGAGGAAUCGUAGCAGCCGAGAAGCCCACCAGCGCCGAGAGAUCUCGGCUGAGAUCCUGCAGAUCCCGCCGCUGGGAGGGCUGGCACAGACCCGCUCAGCUCCGUUCCCCGCACCUCACAUUCUGUAGCUGUACAUGCGGAUCACCGACCUCAAGAGGCUGCAGGCGUCAAGCGGAGACCUCGAUGCAUGAUGCUCUCCUAGCGGCCGCGGUGGAGGGACAAGGAGCUCAGAACGCUCAGCUGUGACUCUCCUGUGCCUGUAGCUAACAGCAGCCAUGCAAGCACAGAACCACGGAUGGAUCUCCUCCUUCUCUUUCCUGCUCUUCUGUGCUUCCUCCGUCCCAAGACAGGAAGGCAGGAGGCUGCUGCAGGAGCUGAGCCCUCAGGAGUAUUUCAGCAGCCUGCAAGCCGGUAGAGCAUCCCUGGCUUAUUUCAGCCCUAAGGUGUCUCCUGGCGCUCACCCCUUCCUGGAGCAGAUCGAGGACUCGGCUGAGGCCCUCCAGGACUAUGGCAUUUCGGUGGUGAAGGUCAGGUGUCCCAAAGAGGAGGUCUCCAGAUACUGUGGGAAAGACAAGGUGCUAAGGACAGCCUACCUGUUCAGAGGUGCUGUGCUGCUCAGAGAGUUCCCUACCGACGCCUUGUUUGAUGUGAACGCCGUCGUUGCUAACGUCCUCUUUGCCCUGCUCUUUAAUGAAGUGAAAUACGUUGAAACCCUGGCAGAUCUUCAGAAUGUGGAGAACACCCUGAAGGGAAGGUCAAACAUGGUCUUCACCUAUGUGCCAGCAACUGGGACAGCAGAGCACAGAGCUGUGAUGGAGGCAGCUUUUGUCUAUGGGACUGUCCACCAGUUUGUUCUGACAACUGAGGCAGUGCUGUUGAGAGACUCUGGAAAUGAGGUGUCAUCUGCCCAGAUGCUGUUCUGCCACUGCCAGCUGGUCACGGACCUGUCACAGCCCUGCAGGAGGACGCCCAUGGGGCACUCUCUGACGCUGCUCAACAUCCACAGGCACCUCAAGCUCAUGGGGGCUCCUCUGGUGACAGAGGUUGCUGAGGACCCAGAGAAGGUUUCCACUGUCCACUUACAGCUGGGACUGCCGCUUGUCUUCAUCCUCAGCCAGAAAGAGACUUAUGAGGCUGACAGGAGGACAGCAGAAUUUGUGGCCUGGCAGCUCCUGGGGAAAGCAGGAGUUGCCCUUUUGUCCAGGGACCUCCUCGACCUGAACGUUCUGCUCCGGUCAAACGUCGCUCUCAAGACGCCGGAGGAGGGAGUGCCAAUCAAAUACCUCUCCUUGGAAGACACUGAUGAAGUUAUAAGCCUGGUUGAAGACAAGAACAAAAUUGAGCAAAUCCAGGAGGAGGAGGAGGAAGAGGAGCAGGAGGAAGAGAAUAAAGAGGAUAACAAUCAAGACAUCCAAGAUGAUCAGGUGGUGGAGGCAGUUUCCAGGGACAAGAAGCAAGAGCUGCCCCUGGAGAAGAUCCGAGUCCUGACAGAGGAGAACUUCCACUCCACCCUCCUGGAGACCACCCGGACUGUUGUCCUGUUUUAUGCCAGCUGGGAAGCAGUGUCCCUGGCAGUGCUGCGGUCCUACGCUGAGGUGGCUGCUCACCUACAAGAAACUCAGGGGCUUUUGCUGUCUCGAGUCAACUGCUGGGACUGGCCUGGUGUCUGCUCGCUGGAGAACGUCACACAGCUCCCUGCCCUCAGGAUCUAUCGGAGGGGAGAGCUCGCAGUGCUGUACGAUGGCAUGUGGGGGGCUGAGGAGCUGACCAGCUUCAUCAUCCUGAGCCACGUCUCCUGCCCGUUGAAGCUGGACACAAUCGACGAAGCAGAAAGCUAUUUACGAGGAGAGCUCCCCUGGGAGCUGUCGUCCUACCGCCGCACUUCGCUGCUGGGCGUGUUCGGCACAGCCGCAAGCGCAGCCAGGGAAGCUUUCGAAGAGGCAGGAAACAUCUUAAGUGGCCACGUAGCGAUGGGGAUGUACUUAGAAGAUGAUGCCUUGGCUUUGUCCCAUAAGUACGCCGUGUCCCCCCCAGCCAUCCUCCUUGCCAGGAGCGGAGGGCAGAGCGUGGAAGGCAUUGCCUUGGCCAAAGAGAGUGCGCAGGAGAUGGUGCAGCUGAUCAGAAACGAGUUGCUGGGCACUUUUCCAGAAAUCACCGUGCAGAACCUCCCCCAGUACUUGCAGCUCAGAAGGCCCUUCCUGCUCUUGUUCAGCGCCGCUGACCUCGAUCGGAUGCAAAGUGAGGAAAUGCUGAAGCUGGCAAAAGGAAGAGCCCAGCACACAUUUGUGGCUUGCUGGUUGAGCUUGAAGAAGACUCCGGUGGGGCGUGGGAUCCUGAAGGCAUACUUUGCCACAGUGCCCCCUCUGCCUCUCCUCAUCUGGGUCAACCUUCAUGUUGGGGGCCAGGUAUUCCAGUUCCCACCAGAGCAGUCCAUCACUGAAGUGAACGUCUUGUCUUGGCUGGAGAGGCUGAAGGCAGGACUGGAGAUUCCCAGCAGUACCUUGUCUGCAGAAGACUGGAAGCCACCUCUCCCUGCUUAUGACUUCCUUCAGAUGAUGGAGGCAGCUGAGCCCUCCCCCUACACCUCCCACCAGCAUGGGGAUGCGCCGGCGCAGAGCCCGCCAGGAAGCCUGAGAGGGGACAGCACCGUCCAGGAGGAGCCAUCCCAAGAGACCAAGGCCGAGAAAAUUGCAUCUGCUGGGAGGGACCUGCGGGGGACAGCCCCAAGACUGGCAGCAAGGGAGAAGCAGGGCAAGAGACCCAGUGAGCUCUGAGAGCUGGGCACCCUCCUGCCUGGGGCAGGGAAAGAAGAGGGGUCCUAGAAUCACAGAAUGGGUUGGAUUAGAAGGCACCUUUCCAGGCUGUCUAGUCCAACUCACCUGCAGUCAGCAGGGACAUCUGCCACUAGAGGAGGCUGCUUAGAGCCCCAAACGACCUGGCCCACAAUCAUAGAAUCAUUACAUUGUUUGGAUUGGAAAAGAUCUCUAAGACCUAGGGCUGCAGCCAGAGCAGUGUGGGCAGCAGGGCAAGGGAGGGGAUUCUGCCCCUUGGCUCUGCUCUCCUCAGACCCCACCUGCAGUCCUGGGGGCAGUUCUGCAGCCCCCAGCACAAGCAGGACAUGGAAGUGUUGGAGCCAGUCCAGAGGAGGCCAUCAAGAUGCUCAGAGGGCUGCAGCAGCUCUGCUCUGAGCACAGGCUGAGAGAGUUGGGGCUGUGCAGCCUGGAGAGGAGAAGGCUUCCAGGAGAUCUUGGAGUAGCCUUCUAGGAUCUGAAGGGGGCUACAGGAGGGCUGGGGAGGGACUAUUGACAAGGUUUGGUAAUGCCAGGAGGAGGAGGAAUGAGUUUGAAGUGGCAGAGAGGAGAUUGAAAGUGGAUGUGAGGAAGAAGUUGUUUGCAGUGAGGGUGGUGAGAGACUGGCACAGGUUGCCCAGGGAGGUUGUGGCUGCUCCCUCCCUGGAGGUGUUUGAGGCCAGGUUGGAUGAGGCCUUGAGUGACCUGUUCUAGUGGGAGGUGUUCCUGACUGUGGCAGGGGCUUGGGACUGGCUGAGCUUUGAGCUCCCUUCCAGCCUAAACCAUUCUGUGGUUCUAUGAUCACUGAGUCAAACCAUCAACCUGACCACCGCCAUGGCCAUUAACCCAUGUUCAGGGUUUGAAACCCUCUCCCUACCCCAUCUGUCCCUAGGCCUUUACACCAGGGAGAGAAGUCCUUGCAGCUGUAAAUUCGUGCAGAGGCUACAAAGCAGCCCCUCAGUGUCCCUGUGAGUUCCCUGCUGCAUUGCCUUGGUUGUUCUGCCUUGAAUGUGUUCAUACAGCCCACACCUUGGGCCUCCCAGCUGCUGUCCAGAGGUGGCCUCACUGAGGCAGAGUAGGUGGGGUUGAGAACCCCCCCCUUGACCUUCUGGCCAGAGCUAUUAGUGCACCCCAGGGGACCUUUUGCCUUCUUGGCUGCAGGAGCACAUCUGUGGCUCAGGGUGAGCUCGCACCUCAGCGAGCGCAGACAGCUGCCCGGCGCUGAAGAGGUGAGCUGAGCUCACCACAUGCUGGAGGCUCAACCACACGAGGAGCUGUGCUGGAAGAGUCAAAUCAGCAGAGCUUGGCUCUGUACUUCUGUUUGUCUCACUUGGGCUCUUUGGUUGCCCCCCAGGCAGGAGGGGGUGGCUGAGCCUGUGAGAAAAAGCACUUUUCUCUCCCUCCGUGGUUGCAGCAGCAGCUGCAUGUCAGCAGUCAGUGCUCCCCAAAAGCCAUGACAUCUGCACUGUGGGGCUGGGAGGGCAAGUGUGCCACCCACACCAGGGCUGCUCAGGCUGUCACCCCUUUGUGUUUACAGAAUCUCAGCACGAGAGGGGUUGGAGCUCAGCCAGUCCAACUCCCCCACUAAAGCAGGGUCACCCUCAGCACCUUCCUAGGAUCACAGUGUUCAAGCAGGUUUGGAAUCUCUCCAGAGAAAGGGACUCCACAGUCCCUCUGAGCCCCCUGAUCCAGGGUCCAGCACCCUUACAGCAAAGAAACUUCUCAUCUUUAGAUGGAACCUCCUGGGUUCCAGUUUUGUACCCACUGACCCUUGUCCUGUCACAGGAUACCACUGGAAAGAGUCUGGCCCUGUCCCCUUGGCCCCCACCCUUUAGCUCUUGCUGAACACUGCUCAGAUCCCCUCUGUGCCUGCCCUUCUCCAGGCUCAACAGCCCCAGGGCUCAGCCUUUCCUCCUCACAGAGCUGCUCCAGGCCCCUCAGCAUCUUUAUCGACUCCAGUGGACUCUGUCCAGUAGUUCCCUGUCUGCUGAACUGGACUCAGUACUCUAGAUAUGGCCUUCCUAGGGCAGAGUAGAGGUGCAGAACUCCCUUGGACUGCUGGCCACACUUUUUAAUGCACCCCAGGAGACCACUGGCCAUGAGAUCACAUUGCUGGCUCAUGGUGAACUUGUCCACCGGGCUUGCAGGUCCUUCUCCAUGGAGCUGGUUUCCAGCAGGCCAGUCCCUCACCUGUAGUGGUGCAGGAGGUAAGAGAAGUGGUUAAAGCCGUUCUACUACAAAGGCAGAGCUCAAGUCAUCAUGGCAGUCCUGAAUAGCUGGGACCAGAAGCCUGCCAGCAAAUCCCAAGGGCAGGCAGGUUAGGAGAUGGCUUUGCUCAGUGCUGGCAUUUUCUUGGUUACAAGCCCAGGGGGUUAUUUGCAGCCUCAAUUUUUCUCUGCUCUCAGUGACAGCAGCCAGGUUGGUGCCUACUGAGCUGGGGCUGGGGCUGGGGCUGGGGCUAGUGCUGGGAAGGUCUGCAGCAAGCCCAGCUCUUUGGCAUUGAGCAGGUGGAGGUGAAACGCUGGAGGACCCUUGCAAGGUGGGAUGGAGCUGCUUCACAUCACCCCUGGGUGGGAAGAGGAAGGCUUGGGCAAGUGGCUCUCCAGGCUCUGCCCCUCUCCUGCGGUCAGCAAAUGGGCCCUGCUGAAGGGUCUGAGCAGGUUAGCAUGGGAUGUGAGCUGGGGAGAGACCACUUCUGUCUAGCCAUACCUGUGCCAUGCUCAGCAUCCCUCUCCCUUCCACAGACAUCUGCUCCCUUCCACAGCACCAUAGAAAUGUGUGGGGAGGGUUAGGUCCUCCUCCUCAUGGCUCUGCAGUUACUGGAAAGGGGGAAAAUUGAUGGUAAGGAGCUGUUGAGGGGCUUGCAAAGUCUCUGUUCCUCAUCCUGGAGGCAGCCCACAUGGCUGAGAGUGUUCUGAAAUGCCCAGAAAUAGACCAUUAGUCCUGGGUUCUCCAUGAAGCCCUUAAUUGAAAGGCCUUUUUUUGGACUUAAUGGCAGGCUUGGAGCCAAGACAUGUAUUUAAAGUAAUCAAGUGUGGCACAUGGAUGGGAGCUGCUGUGCUCUGAGCAUUCCCAAGGGAAUGAGUAGGUCAGGGCAUGAGCAGAUCCUCCACCAGUUCCCAUCAUUCCUCUGCUAUAUGACACUGCUACAGAUCUGGAGAGUCAGUCAGGAAGGGACCUCUGGAGAUCAUCCAGUCCAACCCCACAGAUAAAGCAGGGGCACCCAUGGUGGCUUGCCCAGGAGCACAGUGCCCAGGUGGGUUUGGAAUCUCUCCAGAGAAGGAGGCUCCACAACCUCUCUGGGCAGCCUGCUCCAGGGCUCCAGCACCCUCACAGCAAACAAUUUCCUCCUGUUCAGGUGGAACCUCCUGGGUUCCAGCUUGUGCCCACUGCCCCUUGGCCUGUCACUGGGCACCACUGAAAGAGCCUGACCACAUCCUCUUGCCCCCACAGGCUCUGUAGCUCUUGCUGAGCACUGCUCAGAUCCCCUCUGUGCCUGCCCCUCCCCAGGGCUCAGCCUUUCCUCCUCACAGAGCUGCUCCAGGCUCCCAGCACCUCUGUAGCCUCUGCUGGGCUCUCUCCAGUAGUUCCCUGUCUCCCUGGAACUGGAAACCCAGAACUGGACCCCGGGCUCCAGAGGUGGCCUCACUAAGCUGGACUAGGUGGGGAGGAGAAGCUGCCUUGACCUGCCAGCCACCCUUGAACACCCCCAGGAGACCAUUUGCCCUCUUGGCCUCGGGCUGCUGGGCUCUCCAAGCUGAACUUCAGCCGUCUCCCAGUCUGCCCCCAGGGAUGUCGCUGUCCCGCUCGGCGCAGGGGGAGCGCAGUACCUGGGGGCUCUCCCUGAUGAAUUGUGUCUCCUGUUCGGUCAGUCUGCAUCUGGGUCCACUCACCGUGGAGUCCCCACCCCUGCAGGGGCUGAAAAGCUGUGCAGGUGCUGCUGAGGGACGCGGCUAACGGUGGGCUGGAUGGUAAAGGUCUCUUCAGCCGAGCAUCUCUGUGCUUCAGCAGGGUGAGAAGGCUUCCUGCGUCGCUGCUCCUGGCCGCGCGUCCCUUGCGGCUUGUCACUAGGGGUCAGUGCACAUCUCGGUUAUGGCUGCUGCCGCCGGAGCGUGGCCGUGGUGGGAAGGGCUGCCCCUGGCUUCCUCAGGGCUGCCGCUGGCUGCUGGCGCUCGGGGCCGCGGCGAAACAAGCCUGUGGGGCUGGGGAGUUCCAGCCCUACAGACCGCAUCUCCCUCGUCAUAACGGCACAGAAUGGUUUGGGUUGGAAGGGGCCUUCAAAGGCCAUUUAGUCCAAACCCCUGCACUCAACAGGGACGUCGGCAACUGCAGCAGGUUGCUCACAGCCCCGGGCAACCUGACCUGGAAUGGUCCCAGGGAUGGGGCAUCUACCACCUCUCUGGGCAUCCUUAGCCAGUGUCUCACCACCCUUAGCAUCAGAAAUGUCUCCUUUCUCUCUAGUCUGGGUCUCCCUUCUGGAGUUUCCAAUCACCACCCCUUGACCUGUCAGGACAGACCCUGCUUAAAGGUCUGUCCCCGCAUUUCUUAUCAGCUCCUUUAAGUACUGAUUGGACACUGGAAGGUCUCCCUGGAGCCUUUUUCAUGCUGAGCAACCCAGACUCUCAGCCUGUCCCCACAGCAGAGGGCUUCCAGCCCUAGGAUCAUUUUUGUGGCCAGUUUUGAUGCCCCAUCCCUAGAACCAUUCCAGGUCAGGUUGUGUGGGGCUCUGAGCAGCCUGCUCUAGCUACAGAGGUCCCUGCUGACUGCAGGAAGGUCAGACUAGAUGACCCUUAAGAGGCAUUUCCAGCCCAACCCAUUCUGUGAUUGUAUGGAGGAGAGGUCUGGACCUGGAGCAGCUGUGAGGGCUGGAGCACAUCCCACCAGCAUAGCAUCCCGCCGGGGGCAGGAUGCCACACAGCACACAUCGCUCCAAGGCAGAGGAGUGGAAGGCAGCCAGUGAUCACCAGUGGACUUGUGUGCUCGUCUGCCACUCGUUUGUGCCUCAGGACAUGCUGAUGCUGAGAGACCACAGGAAGCAUCAGCCUCUGCCUGUCUGGGCACUGCUUCAUCUCCCCAGACACUGAGUGGUGCACGCUGGGCUGAAGAGCUCUGGCGUGUUACUAGCUGAGGCUCCAGACCAGAUUCUUCCUUCGGUGGUUGCUUCAUUUCAGUGUCAGGGCAGAGGUGGGCACCUGCAUGUGUGUUGGGAACCAUUCAGGUGCUUAAAAGGUGAUUAAAUUAUGAUACACUGAAAGUUAGAAGGGUGAUGUGCUUGUCCUGCAGAGCAGAACUAGUAAAACCAGAUGAAACAAGGAAGUUCUCCA